CUAGUGACUUCUCGAUCAUAGCUACCUACAACACUCACAAUCCAAUCAAAACACCAACUUUUUUUCUCUCUCUCAAAUCUUCGUUUCCAUAUCUACUUUCCCUCUCUCCAUUUUAUUCUCUUACACUCUCGCUCUCUAGAGCUAAACAAUGGGUCUAUUGUCAAGAAAAGUUACUUGCAACGCUCAUGGCCAAGAUUCUUCGUACUUUUUGGGUUGGGAGGAAUACGAGAAGAACCCUUACGACAACAUCAAGAACCCAGACGGCAUUAUCCAGAUGGGUCUCGCAGAAAAUCAGUUAUCUUUCGAUCUUAUCGAAGCAUGGCUUGUCAAGAACCCCGAAGCGGCAAACUUCGAAAGAGAAGGCCAAUCUAUUUUCCGGGAACUAGCUCUUUUCCAAGACUAUCAUGGCCUGCCUUCCUUCAAGAAGGCCAUGGCGGAUUUCAUGUCGGAAAAUAGAGGAAACCGAGUUUCUUUUGAUCCGAGAAAGCUUGUCCUAACCGCGGGUGCUACUUCGGCUAAUGAAACUCUGAUGUUCUGUCUCGCUGAUCCUGGAGACGCUUUCUUGCUGCCUACUCCAUAUUAUCCAGGAUUUGAUAGGGAUUUGAAAUGGAGAACCGGAGCUGAGAUCGUACCGAUCCAGUGCACAAGUGCAAACGGAUUCCGCAUCACUAAAUCCGCACUCGAAGAAGCCUACGAGCAAGCUCAAAAGCUUAACCUAAAAGUUAAAGGAGUCCUUAUAACCAACCCAUCUAACCCGUUGGGUACUACGACAACACGAACCGAACUAAACCAUCUCUUAGACUUCGUGUCACGUAAGAAUAUACAUUUGAUAAGCGACGAGAUCUACUCGGGUACCGUUUUCACUUCUCCUGGAUUCAUCAGCGUCAUGGAAGUCCUCAAAGAGAAAAAGCUCGAAAACACCGAUGUUUCUAAACGUGUCCACAUCGUUUACAGUUUGUCUAAGGAUCUAGGCCUGCCUGGUUUUCGCGUUGGAGUUAUUUACUCUAACGAUGAUAUUGUUGUCGACGCAGCGACAAAAAUGUCCAGUUUCGGUCUAAUCUCUUCUCAAACGCAAUACCUCUUAUCAGCAUUGUUAUCCGACAAAAACUUCACCAAGAACUACCUCAAAGAGAACCAAAUCCGACUCAAAAAGCGUCACAUGAAGCUCGUGUCGGGUCUAGAGGCUGCGGGCAUCAAGUGUCUCAAGAGCAACGCCGGACUCUUUUGUUGGGUCGACAUGAGACACCUGCUGAGUUCUAACACGUUUGAAGCCGAGAUUGAGCUAUGGAAAAAGAUCGUAUACGAGGUUAAGCUUAACAUCUCUCCCGGUUCUUCAUGCCAUUGCAACGAGCCGGGUUGGUUUAGGGUUUGUUUCGCGAAUAUGAGCGAGGAAACACUAAAGGUUGCGAUGAAUAGAUUGAAGAUGUUCGUUGAUGGACCGUCAUCUAGUACAAGAAGUCAAAGUGAACAUCAAAGACUGAAGAGUUUAAGGAAGAUGAAAGUCUCUAACUGGGUUUUCCGGCUAUCGUUUCAGGAUCGAGAGCCCGAGGAACGAUAGUCUGGUUUUUUCAUUUAAUCAAAGUGUAAUAAAUAUGAUUUUUAGGUCACUAUUUAUAUGUGAUUGUCCGUCAUAUGUAUUUUUAUCAUAAUUUUAUAUUUUGGUAUAGUUUUAGAGAGAAA